AUGGCUCAACCGAAACGCGUGCUUGUAAUUUAUACCGGUGGGACCUUUGGUAUGCUGAAAAAUGAAAAAGGAGUUUUGGUACCACAAAAGAAUAUAGAAGCCGUGAUAAGAAGGUUGCCGCAGCUCCACGACAAUGAUUAUUGGCAGAAAAAGUUAGAAAAUACAAAGUUGAAAGAAUAUCUCGCACUACCUGACGGCAAGGACACGGAACAGAAAAUAUUAUACAAGAUUCUCGAAUACGAUGAGCUGAAGGAUUCAUCGGAUUUUACUCUAGAUGACUGGCUGAAGAUGGUCAGGGAUAUUAAGAGGUUCUACCAUGAUUAUGAUGGUUUCGUGGUGCUUCAUGGAACAGACACUACGGCAUAUGGUGCAUCGGUGCUGUCAUUCAUGUUGGAGGUUAUUGGGAAGACGGUUGUGCUUACUGGGGCCCAGAUCCCAAUUUUCCAACCACGCAGUGAUGGCACUAACAACUUCUUCUGUGCCGUUUUGAUCGCCGCAACUCUAUACAUACCCGAGGUCACCGUUUUCAGCGGCUCGAGACUCAUUAGGGGCUGUAGGGUAAAAAAAGUAUCAAACACUCGAAUUCAAGCCUUCGACUCGCCCAACUACCCGCCGUUGUUAGAGGCAAAAACAAUAUUGGACAUAGAUCCAAGAACGCAGCUGUACCCCCGAGGAUCAGUACCAGACGAGUGCAGAAUUCAUGACAAACUAUCUCCAAAAGUCUAUGUACUCAGAGUUGCGCCUACAAUCACACCAGAAUUAAUAAGAGCAGUGUUUGAGGGCAUGGAAGGUGUCGUAUUAGAAACAUAUGGCAAUGGAAACAUCCCCAUAAAACGGAAGGAGAUCUAUAAAGAAAUAGAAAGAGCUGUGAAGAACAAUGUGAUCGUUGUAAACGUAACGCAGUGCAUUAACGGAACGGUCCUGGGCAAGGCGAUAUAUGAAACUGGAUUGUUGCUGGUGGAGUGCGGUGUAGUGCCCGCAUUUGACAUGACCGCCGAAGCUGCCCUAGCUAAAUUGUCUUACGUCCUCACCAAGACAGAGUUGGGUUACAAUGAGAAAGUCGAGUUGAUGAAGACGAGUAUAAGAGGUGAACUUUACAAUCCGGCCCACUCGGCGAAC